UCCGUGCUCCUUGCUCUUUUCUCAGUGGAGGGGGUUCGCAGCUGGUCGCUUCUUCUGCACAGGUUCCCGAGCUCGGCCUGAGCUCCGAGUCCCGAGUCGCGGCCGGGCCUCCCCGCCGCAGCCGCCGUGGCCAUGGAGCUGCCGCAGCACGGCCCCGGGGACAGAGAGGAGGAGGAGCCGGGACCGUCCACGUCUUGGGAGGCGAGAAUGGCCCUCAAGGACUGGGAGGAAGACGAGGCAAAUGAUCCUACUUUUGAACCUAAAAGUUGCAGACCUGCAAAAGGAACUGAUCCUCAUUACGAAAAGAAGAUGAAAGCAGACCGUGCAAAAAGAUUUGAAUUUCUACUGAAGCAGACGGAGCUGUUUGCUCAUUUCAUGCAGCCUACAACUCAGAAAUCGCCAGUUUCACCACCGAAGGUGAAAACGGGACGUCCAAGAGGGAAACAGGAUGAAAAACAAAGUCUUCUUUCAGCUGGAGAUUACCGCCGUAGACGGACUGAGAAAGAAGAAGAUGAGGAACUGAUAUCUGAGAAUGAAAAUACAUCAAAAGUUUGUGUUCGAUUUGAAGCAUCUCCUUCAUAUGUGAAAGGAGGAACACUGCGAGAUUAUCAGGUUAGGGGCCUGAAUUGGAUGAUCUCCCUUUAUGAAAAUGGAGUUAAUGGCAUUCUGGCAGAUGAAAUGGGUCUUGGAAAAACUUUACAGACCAUCUCGUUGCUUGGCUACCUAAAACACUAUCGGAACGUCGUUGGACCUCACAUGGUUUUGGUUCCCAAGUCAACUUUGCACAAUUGGAUGAGCGAAUUUAAACGCUGGGUGCCCUCUAUCCAGGCUGUUUGUCUCAUUGGAGAGAGGGAUGCAAGAGCUGCAUUUAUUCGUGAUACAAUAAUACCAGGAGAAUGGGAAGUUUGUGUCACAUCAUAUGAAAUGGUAAUCAAAGAAAGGGCCCUGUUCAAAAGAUUUAAUUGGCGCUACUUAGUCAUUGAUGAAGCUCACAGAAUUAAGAAUGAAAAGUCCAAGCUUUCUGAGAUUAUUCGGGAGUUCAAGACCACAAACCGCUUGUUACUGACUGGGACACCAUUGCAGAAUAAUCUGCAUGAGCUCUGGGCGUUGCUCAAUUUCUUGUUGCCUGAUGUCUUCAAUUCUUCAGAGGAUUUUGAUUCCUGGUUUGAUACUAAAAAUUGUCUUGGAGAUCAAAAACUUGUGGAAAGACUACAUGCCGUUUUAAAACCAUUUCUGUUACGGCGUAUAAAAGCUGAAGUUGAAAAGACUCUCCCUCCUAAAAAGGAAGUAAAAAUUUACCUUGGCCUGAGCAAGAUGCAAAGAGAAUGGUACACACGAAUUCUGAUGAAAGAUAUUGAUAUUUUAAAUUCAGUUGGAAAGACGGAUAAAAUGCGACUGCUGAAUAUUCUCAUGCAAUUGCGAAAAUGUUGCAAUCAUCCCUACCUGUUUGACGGGGCUGAACCUGGCCCACCAUAUACAACUGAUGCUCAUAUUGUCAAUAACAGUGGUAAAAUGGUGGCACUGGAUAAACUGUUGCCCAAACUCAAAGAACAGGAGUCAAGAGUCCUCAUUUUCAGCCAGAUGACACGAUUACUGGAUAUCCUGGAGGAUUACUGCAUGUGGCGGGGUUAUGAGUACUGUCGGCUAGAUGGACAGACACCACAUGAGGAAAGGGAGGAAGCAAUCGAGGUCUUUAAUGCUCCCAACAGUACCAAAUUCAUUUUUAUGCUGAGUACAAGAGCCGGAGGGCUCGGCAUUAAUUUGGCCACUGCAGAUGUGGUUAUAUUGUAUGAUUCAGACUGGAACCCACAGGUUGACCUGCAAGCUAUGGAUCGAGCUCAUCGCAUUGGUCAGAAGAAGCCAGUACGGGUAUUCCGCCUUAUUACCGACAACACUGUUGAAGACAGGAUUGUAGAAAGAGCAGAGAUCAAAUUGAGACUUGACUCUAUCGUUAUACAGCAAGGUCGGCUCCUUGAUCAACAGUCCAACAAGUUGGCAAAAGAUGAAAUGCUACAGAUGAUACGCCAUGGAGCCACACACGUUUUUGCUUCCAAAGAUAGUGAACUGACAGAGGAAGAUAUCACAACUAUUUUAGAGAGAGGAGAAAAGAAGACUGCAGAAAUGAACGAACGGCUGGAGAAAAUGGGAGAGAGCUCUCUAAGAAAUUUCACCAUGGAUGGUGAAACGAGUCUGUACAAAUUUGAAGGAGAAGAUUAUAGAGAGAAACAAAAGGUCAACAUAAUGGAGUUUAUAGAGCCUCCUAAGCGAGAACGCAAAGCCAGUUAUGCAGUGGAUGCCUAUUUCAGGGAUGCUUUACGAGUUACUGAGCCAAAGGCUCCAAAGGUUCCCCGACCACCAAAACAACCCCACAUUCAAGAUUUCCAAUUCUUUCCACCACGUUUAUUUGAGCUUCUGGAAAAAGAACUCCUUUAUUAUCGGAAGACCAUAGGUUACAAGGUAGCGCCCAAGAAUCCUGAACUCCCCGAUUCAGCUCAAGCGCAGCAGGACGAACAGAAGAAGAUUGAUGAAGCUGAAGCUCAAACUGCUGAGGAGAUUGAAGAGAAGGAAAAGCUUCUCUCUCAAGGAUUUACAAACUGGAACAAACGAGAUUUUAACCAGUUUAUUAAAGCUAAUGAGAAGUAUGGGCGUGAUGAUUUAGAGAAUAUUGCCCGAGAGGUGGAGGGAAAAUCACCCGAGGAGGUCAAUGAAUAUUCAGCUGUGUUUUGGGAUCGUUGUAAUGAACUGCAAGAUAUUGAAAAAAUCAUGGCUCAGAUUGAACGAGGAGAAGCUAAAAUUCAGCGUCGGAUCAGCAUCAAGAAAGCUCUGGAUGCCAAAAUCGCAAGAUACAAGGCACCAUUCCAUCAGCUGCGCAUUCAGUAUGGCAACAACAAAGGGAAGAACUACACUGAAGAGGAGGAUAGAUUCCUGAUUUGUAUGCUCCAUAAAAUGGGCCUGGACAGGGAAAAUGUGUAUGAAGAAUUACGCCAGUGUGUGCGCAAUGCUCCUCAGUUUAGAUUUGAUUGGUUCAUCAAAUCAAGAACUGCCAUGGAAUUCCAGAGACGUUGUAAUACUCUCAUAUCCCUGAUUGAAAAAGAAAACCUGGAAAUUGAAGAGAAAGAAAAGGCCGAAAAAAAGAAGCGGGGAGGGAAAGCGCCAUCGGUAAGACCCAGAAAAGAAAGGCAGAGCCAGCCGCAGAGUGCUCUGGAAAGAAGCACACCAAGAAAGUGAAAUCGGCCAAAACUAGUGCAGACUGAGAAAUCUCUACUCCAGCCCUCUAACUUCCUCCUCUUUAUGGUCAAACAUUAAUUGCUAGUUCUAUUGUAUUCCGAAUAAUUAAUAAAAAUUCUCUCGGUAGUUCUAAUUUUUUUGCACAUUUUCUAUCUUUUAACAAGGCUUUUUACCUAAAAGGUAUAAUUAUCCAUUCCCCCCAAAUUGUGUCCUGUAGUUUGUGAAUUUCAUGCCUUCCUCAAUAUCCCCCCAGACCUUAUCCUUCGGAAGUUCGUGCUGAGACUUGAGCUUUUCUAUGUUUUGUAACACUACUGCAGCUUUGAAAAAGAGCCUAGAUUCUAUAGUUGUAUCUUUCUUCUUUCAUACUUAAAGUUUAUAUGGUUGUGCAGAAAUAAAAUUAAAAAGAUUUGAGCAGAAAUAGA